AUGGAUGACGUGUUUACUAUGAAACUGAAGAGCAAUGGAUUGCGCUUCAAGCAAACCCUGGAUAGACUCGCUGACAAGUAUGGUAAGUUACAACAAUGUGAAGACGAGCCACUUGAAGUGGACAUGGACAAAACGCUCGUAGAAACGUUGGAGCAUUAUAUGGCCCUGUCGAAGAAGAAAGUGGAGACAUUGUCUAAGAGUUUUGUCGAUUAUAAAGCGGAUUCACAGCCAUUGCGAGACGGUACCAUAUAUUCCCAGGGAAAUGACACAUCCGUAGAAAGUGGCCACUUGGAAACAGUCUACUUACCUGGACAAGAUGAAGCCACAAGUCUCUUGGAUGACAGUUGUACCAUAUUCGACCAGCCAGAAGAUCACGAUGAGCAACUUGAGAUGUCUCUCCAGAGUCAAGGCAGUUCUUUGGGCGAGGUUUACAUGGAUAUGCUCAGUCAGAUUGGAGAGGCCUGCCAACGACAACACGUCUCUGAUGCAGCAGAUUCUGUCUCAAUGAAGUACCGCAGAUUGCGUGAAUCAAAACGGCAACCCAACAACUCUUUACUACAGAUUGCAGCACGCAGGAAGUCCCUUGAUUAUCCAAACUUGCGCCUCUCCAGUCAGCUGGGUUCGCCUCAAAUGGACAAAGCAAGGAGACACCAUUCACUCCGCCGCAAUUUAUCCUUUGAUUCCUCGUCUCUGACAUCGAGCCAUGAUUUUGACAACGACUUCAAAAAACUGUACCACCAACUAGUCUGCCUCAACAAAACCAUGAAAGUUCCUCCUUGCAAGUUUUGUCUGAAGAGCCCAGAUGCAGCCAGCAGGGAGCACUCUUCUUUAAACUUGGCAGCACUUGCCCUAUCACCACAUCAACGUCUGGGAAAACGCCAUGAGUUGAACAAUUAUCCGCAGUCCAAACGCUUCAAGGAUGGACACUUCACAAAAUAUCUCUAG